GUCUCGCAGUCCCUUCACUAGGGUUUCCUCUACUCAUACUUCACUUCGGCUGCACCUCUAAACCCUAGCCAUGGCGACUCAACAAGCUAAAGCAUCCGUGCAAUGCUUCGGAAGGAAGAAGACGGCCGUCGCCGUCACCCACUGCAAGCGCGGGUGCGGUCUGAUCAAGCUCAACGGUGCCCCGAUCGAGCUGUUCAACCCAGAGAUCCUCAGGUUCAAGAUCUUCGAGCCGGUGCUCCUCCUCGGUAAGCACCGUUUCGCGGGCGUGGACAUGAGGAUCCGCGUCAACGGCGGUGGUCACACUUCGCAGGUGUACGCGAUUCGUCAGAGUAUCGCCAAGGCGCUCGUUGCUUUCUACCAGAAGUAUGUGGACGAGCAGUCGAAGAAGGAGAUCAAGGAUAUCAUGAUAAGGUAUGAUAGGACUUUGCUUGUGGCGGAUCCGAGGAGGUGCGAGCCGAAGAAGUUUGGAGGGCGUGGUGCUCGUUCUCGUUUCCAGAAGAGUUACCGUUAAUCAAAUCUCUGGUUUGCUCUUUUCUCAACCGGAAAUGAGUUGUUGAAUUGUGAGACGUUAGAUUCUCAUUUGCGUUUUCUUUUUCUUUUUAAUUGUUGUUGUUGGAUAAUGGUUAAUUUGCCAAAGAACUUAUGUUUUUACAA